AUGGCACAUUUGAAAUGGCCCUUAGUAGGCGUAAUAGUACCUUGUCUUCUAAUUGGAUCAAUUGGUUAUGGGACUCAUUAUAAUAUAAUACGAGAGAAAUCAACCACUGUUCAAAUCAUCUAUGAAAUCUGUUUAAGUUAUCUAUGGAUAUGUUAUGUUCUAGCGAUUGUCACACCACCAGGGUCACCUCCGAAGAACUUCACCCCCGAAGAAGGUCAAUGGAAGAGAUAUUGUCAUAAAUGUGACAAUUAUAAACCUCCUAGAGCUCAUCAUUGUAAACAAUGUGGGAAAUGUGUUCUUAAGAUGGACCAUCAUUGUCCAUGGACUUAUAAUUGUGUGGGUCAUAAUAAUAUGAUUGAAUUCAUGAAAUUCUUGGGUAUGAUAAUGUUCAUGACCACCUGGUGUGGGUGGGAAUUAGGCUGUAAAGCAUUAGAUUUUUAUCAUGAUCGGAAUUUACCUUCUUAUUUGAUCAAUAAAUGGCAAUUAGUCUCCGUAAUAGUAUUCUUUCCUUUAGAUAUCUUUGUAUUCAUCUCGAUUUUCCUUUUAUGGUUUAGAUGUGUAAGCAAUUGGAUAUUUAAGGGAAUGACUCAGAUUGAGGUUUGGGAAUGGGAAAGAAUUGAUAGUCAAUUUUAUACCAAUAGAUUAUGGUUACAGAUUCGUAAGAAUUAUCAAGACUUAUAUGGGAAACAAUUACCAAAAUUGACAUCUUGUAAUUUACCCACGAGAUAUUAUGAGGAAAGGAUGGAAGAAGAAGGAGAAGAAGAAGGAGAAGAGGAUAGAUUAGUAGAUGAACAAUUCGAGAUGGAUGAUUUGAGGGAUUCAAAUCAAGAUAACGAUACAUAUGAUGAACUGGUAGUACCUGAAGAAUUCACUAUUGAUGAUAUAAUCUUUCCAUAUGAUUUGGGAAUAUUUUCCAAUAUCUAUUCAUGGUUCAAUAAUCCAUUUUUAUGGUUACUUCCUGUAAAACCUCCAGGAACAGGAGUGAAAUUUGAAGUCACAGAGUUCUAUGAACUUGAUCAAUUAUCGUUACCAUGGCCUCCAGAUGGUGGGAAUAGUUUCCCACCCGAUGAAGAAGUUGAUGUGAAUUCCUUUUCUGGUCAAGAUCUUCGAAAUAUCACGAAACUUCGAAAGAAACUCGACCCACGUUCUAGAACCUCCAGAAAUGAUUGGGUUAAUGAUUAUGGAGAAAACAUUGGGGAUUUUGGUGUUGAUAUUGAUACCGAGACUUAUAGUUUAUGA